AUGAAAAUGUUGGAUGAUGAAGAUGACCAAAGCUUUCACGCUACGCGUAACGGCUACUCCCAUCUGAGCGAUGUCGAAUGGGAUGCGGUUGAACGAAUGGGUUCAACCAUGGGCAUCCAUGCUGUUAGCGUCAUGCUAGAGGCUCUCAAUAGAGAUGCCCAACAUGCUACUAUCGCCAAGUUCAUUCAAAAUGAACUUGACGCUGAACGCGAGAAAGAAGCCUUGCUUCACCAACAAGGUUCUCAACAAGCAGAGUUGUUGAGAGAACAGGGUGCUCAACAGUUUGAACUGUUGAGACAGCAGCAGGCUGCUGCUGGUGGGUCGAUGCACUCGCGUCGACCCGAGACUUUGAAGAUUGACAUCUCCAAGUAUAGGGGAGUCGAAGAAGACUCCCUCUUGAGAUGGUUCGUAGAAUUAGACGACGCCAUAAGGGCGCGUCGCAUCGACGACGGGGAUAUGCAAGUUGCAUUCGCCCAGUCAAAUCUGGCAGGACGUGCCAAGACUUGA